AUGACGACUUACCAGAUCCGUGACGUUGACAAUCAAGUGCAAGGCCGUCUUGCCCUGGUCACUGGAGCCAGCGGUGGAAUCGGCUCAGCUAUCGCAAAGGCUCUGGCAGCCGAAGGCUGUGAUGUUGCACUGCACUGUAAUUCAAGUUUGCACAAGGUCGAAGCACUAUCAAAAGAACUGGCAUCUGCCCACCCUGACCAAGUCUUCCCUUGCAUCUCCGCCGACUUAACCUCACGGGACGAAACCCGCGGUCUGGUCGAAAAGGUCUUGCAGGACUCAGAUAUUUCAGCUAAACAUAAAGCCGUCUCAAUCCUUGUUGCCAAUGCCGGUCUCGGCAGGCGAGUUCGCGAUAUUAAGGACAUCGGAGAGGAUGACUGGGAUAGUGUUAUGGAGGUCAACUCCCGCAGCCAGUUUGUUGUUGCGAAGGCUUGCAUUUCUGGUAUGCGAGCGCAAAGUUGGGGUCGUGUGAUUUUGGUUGGAAGUAUCGCGAGUACGGGUGGUGGUAUUAAUGGCUGUCACUACGCAGCCACUAAGGGUGCACUUAGUUCGAUGGGCAAGAACUUGUCCACUGUUCUGGCUGGCGAAGGUGUAACUGUCAACACUAUCCUUCCUGCAAUGAUUGGCUUUACAGAUAUGAUUCCUACACCAAAGUCAAGAUCCUGGACAAACAAGACUGACUUGGAGGAACUUAAAUCUACUGACCCUGGCCUUGCAAUCGCCGCCAGUGUCCCCGUCCAACGCUUGGGUCAUCCUUCCGAGGUUGCCAACGUAGCAGUAAUGAUGGCCAAGACUGGAUAUCUUACAGGUCAAGACAUCAUCCUUUCGGGCGGUCUCAAGUAG